UGCUCCAUAUUUUGUAGGGAUUUGUUUCUAUUUCAAUAGUUGGAUGCCGGUGUUGAAAUACAGACGUCAUUGGCCGGUUGAGAUCUGCACACGCGAAACUCCAAUGUUUAAUGGAGUGGAAGGCGAGAGGAGGAACUGGAGGGAGUUCAUUCCACGUUAGGGAUACAUUUGAUUACAUUCUCAGAUCGUGUUUCACGCUUAAUAUUAGGCUGACGUUUGUGGCUUCAGUUCCUGGUCGGAAGGACAACAAAGCCUGCUCAUUAAGAACAGUUUCACAUUAAUGGUUUGGUUGUAGAAAGCCCACCGUGCUAUAUAGUUUCUAAUCAGUCGAGUGUUUUAACAGACUACUCCAUUUCCUUGAAUUCAAGCGGACUUAACCUCAACUUUGACUGGAGCAGGAGUAGCCAUUUAAAAAAAAAAACUGCGAAUAAAGCGAAUUCUUUUCUUUCUGGUGGUUACCUGUGGAUGGAUAUUUGGUUGCCACGGUCUAGUGAGUUCAUACGGUCAAUGGAUUAUAUUUAUAUCGGCCGUGCCUGACUUACCGAUGACCCCUAGGUGUGCCUACUAAGUGGACGCCUCUACCAUGCCUUACAAGAACACGGAAAAACGUAAAGAAAAAUCCCGAGAUGCAGCGCGAUGUCGUCGUGGCAAAGAAACGGAAGUCUUCACAGAGCUGGCCAGCUGUCUUCCAAUCACAGAGAGCGUAUGCAGUCAACUGGACAAGGCCUCCAUUAUGAGGCUGUCCAUCAGUAUGCUCAAGAUCUACGGCAUCACCAACAACAAAAGCGAGGCUAAAAACUGUAAAAAUGCUAAGGGAGAGAAGCUGGACCACUUGUGCCAAAAAGCUUUGGAAGGAUUUGCCUUUAUCCUGUCCCCUGAGGGCGACAUAGUGUACCUGACAGAGAAUGUGACUAAAUAUCUGGGCCUCCAGCAGAUUGAGUUAAUGGGUCAGAGUGUUUACGAGUUCACUCACCCGUGUGACCAUGAUGAGAUCAAAGAGAUACUCACCAACAAGCAAGCCUCUCAGCAAAAGAGCUCUUCUCAACCUGAAAACAAGAUAUUCUUUCUGCGGAUGAAAUGCACUCUCACAGCCAAAGGCCGAAAUGUCAACUUGAAGUCUGCAACUUUCAAGGUUAUGAGAUGUACUGGACGUUUGGUCACUAAAGAGGCAGACAUUGUUGACCUGACCCUGGAGAACUCCUGUCCUGCUGUCCCUUACCUGGUAGGCAUUGCCGAGCCCAUCCCCCACCCAGUGAACAUAGAGGUCCCCCUGGACAGCAAGACUUUCCUGUCUAAGCACAGUAUGGACAUGCACUUCACAUUUUGUGAUGAAAGAAUUGAAGAGUUGGCAGGCUAUAACAGUGAUGAGAUGAUUGGCCAAUCAAUGUAUGACUUCCAUCAUGCACUGGAUUCUGAUGUCAUUGACAAAGCUUUCAAAGAUUUAUUUGCCAAGGGUCAAACAAUGACUGGAGCAUACAGGUUUCUAGCCAAAGAGGGUGGCUAUAUAUGGGUUAUCACCCAGGCAACCAUCAUCAAUAACAGUAGGACACAGAAGCCCCAGUGGGUUGUGUGUGUGCACUAUGUCCUAAGUUGUAUAGAAGAGAAAGGGGCUAUCCUGUCCCAUGUACAACACAACUCUGAAGCCAAGGCCAAGCAGGCUGAUGUACUUCCAGCAAAACUGGAACUGACCCCUGAGAACAUGUUCAUGCCACAAAAAGUAGAACUUAGUACUGAGAACAUUUUCAUGCCACCCAAAGUGGAGCUGAGUACUGAGAACAUUUUCAUCCCUAAGACUAAAGAAAUGGACACAGGCUACUUUAUUCCUCCAGAACUGAAAAGCACAAUGACCUUUAUCAAUGAUGAACCUGAAGAUCUGUCCUACUUGGCACCCAAUCCUGGAGAUGAGAGUGUUCCACUUAUAUUUACUUAUGGACGGGAUGUAUUGCUCUCCCCUGCACCAGUUUUAAAGAAGGAGCCAAGAACUUCAACCCCUGACCUUUGCUACAGGAAAGAUGCAUCUCCUGCCUCUCUGAUGUCCUCCACAUCCUCAUCACGGAUCCCCAGCCCUAGUGACUAUCUCAGUUUUGCUGUCCCUGGAGAUGUAGAGGCCAUGGAUCAGUUCUUCCAGUCUAUCAAGGCAGGGGACAAUGACCAGGAUGUAGAAGAGAUAGACUUUGACAUGAGGGCACCGUACAUCCCUAUGGAUGCUGAGGAAGAUCUAGGCCUGUUACCGCCUUCAUCCAAUGUUCUAUUUAACCUGACAUCAGACAUCAACCCUGGUUUGUUUGGACAAACAGAGUCGGUCUUUGAGCCCAAGCACUCCCUAUUCGAUGAAGUCCCACAGCCUCCAAAACAAAGUGUACGGGACAUGUUGAGUGGUAGUACCACUGUGGCCAGUAUAGAGCAACCACCUGAUACUAUGUACCUGCAGUUAAAAAGACCUCUGGACAUGAACAGCCUUGAGAAUGGUCCGCCGCGAAACAAGGUCUCAAGACUAGAGCCUGGUUCCCUGGUUGUCCAGACUGACAGCCUCCCUGUAACAGGAUCAGAGACGCGUCUAAUCAAUAAAGACAGUGUACUUUUGAACUUGUUACUACGAGGGGAAGACAGAGUGUAUGGUUACAAAGUUAACAACAUGAGUGGCAACAACAAAAAUAAUCAUUUGGGUCUGCUACCAAACUUAACCAGUCACGACUGUGAGGUCAAUGCCCCUAUAGCGGCCAAUCAUCUUCUACAAGGAAGUGAACUUCUGCAUGCCCUGGAGGCCCUCACUUCUUCAAAAUUAGCUCCAAAAGUCAUCCGCCCACACCUUUGAAAUAUUUUUUUUUAUUUUGCUUCUCCUUCAAUAUAGAAAAGAAAGACUGCUUCCAGAGUUUUUUGUUUUUAGUGUUCACAUUAGAACAUGACAGAGGCAAGGGGGAAAACAAACAAACAAAGAGUUAAAAUAUAAAUAAAGACAUUCAGAGGCAGAGAGUUCAAGGACACUUCAUUGACCCAGCAAGAGAUGAGCUCAAUGUUCCAGAUUCAACAUCCAAGACUUUUUUACAUUCUCUGGCAUGUAUGCUGGAGGCCAGUUGUUAUUGUUUGUUUUUUUUUAAUUAUUAGUUCUGAGGUUUAUUUUUGCCAGACUUAGUUUAGAACUUAUUUGCAUUUUUUUUUUGUGUAUUUCAAGGAAGAGAUAGAAGUGUGGCUGGUUUGUAGAGAUAUUGUACUGGCCGAUUGAUUCAGCUACUGUAAACAUAAGUGUUUGGUCUUCAAUGGGUGCUGAUUGCUAACAUCAUUCAGCUUAAAGAAUUCAGCAUAAAGAAUUCAAAAGUUUUGUAAAUCUUGAGUUGAUUCAAACCAAAAGGGACUUGAGCAAAAGCUUUUCAGCUUUCUUUUUAGUUAGAGCUAGUCUAAUGCUGUUGGAAUGAAAUAGUUGGUUAUCAUGAGAAAUGCAACUUUUAGUUUGAUUUUGGCACCAAUUAAUUGUCAGUGUAAAUUAACAAUACGAAAUUUUGUGGAACGGAGAUAUGAUACAUAAUACUUAAGUAUAAUAUUUUUUUAAAUAAUUACCAGGAGAAAAAUCUUCAUUUCUUUGAAAUGAAGAAAAAAAUGCAAGCAAAUAAAUAUUUAAAUUAAUUUAAUAUUUUAAUUUUGUGAACCCAUAUACAUUCUUACAAUCAUUUGCAAAGGUUAAGAUAAAGCAGAAUAUUAUUGAGAUGCUAUGGAUUGGAAUUUGUAAAAUUUAAAUCUAUCAAAAGAAAGAAUGCUUAAAACUUUUGAAGAUAAUGAUGCAGUAUUUAGCAUGAAAAGAAAAGGUUAGGUUGACAUCAUGUCCAGUACUGAAAAAGUUAAGAUUAGUAUUUAGGGCAGCAAUUAAAAAGCAAAGAUGGGGGCAGUCUUAUUGGGAAGUUGUUUUUUCUUUGUAAAUCAUUGUUUUAUUUUAAAAUUAUUGUUUUACUUUUUGUUUAGUUUUGUCUUUUCUGAAUUUUGUUGUGGCUUCCCCUUGAAAGGGGGAACAACUGAUAGCAGCUUUAUGUAACUCUCCAAUGUUGAAGGCAUGCUCUUUUUGUUAUCUACUCUUGUACUCAUGACAUCACUCAUUGUUGCUCCUCUUGUUCUCAUGGACUUUUCUCCCAAUGCUGCGUAGGUCUCUCACAUUCUAGAUCACUAGCAUUUUCAUCUUUUUUUUUUUAUAUUAUCAGAAGCUUUAAAAAAAAAUGCCAAAAAAAAAAAUUAAAAAAGAAAAUGUGAAAAAAAAAAAAGUAAAGAAUAUAAAAAAGAAAUAUAAAAAAAAAAGGAACACUAUAAAAUCCCUCACAAAAUGGAAGAACAAAAGUUCUGCUUCUUCUGUAAUGUGAAAACUACUUUUAACAAAAUGCUUGUAAAAAAAAAAAAUACUGGGUUAAACAUUGUUUUCCCUUUUUUUUGUUUCUUGUUUUAACUGUUUGUGAGUAAGCCUAACCUAUAUAUAUUUUGUUUUGUUCUUUUUCAAUGUGUCUGUAAACCUAACCUAUAUAUUUUGUCUGUUUUCUUCAUUCUCACAAUAAUAAUUUGUAGGAGUUUUUAAAAAAGAAAAGGUAUUUGGUGAGCUGCUUUCAUUUCAAGAAUGAAUCAGAUCUGAGCUUUCUAUUAUAUACAUCAUACCUAGUGUUUCGAUGUAGUGGUUUAGAAUAACCCUAUCAAAUAGCAAGAUGUUGUGUUUGUUUUUUUUUUAAUUAAGGUCAAUAUUUUGUAUCGAAUAGUUUAAUUAGCUGCACAUAGAGUUACAUUUCCAUCACCUACGGCUAGACUAAGGCUAUUUCAUUUAUAUCUAGGGCACAGAAUAAGUUAAUCAAAUGUAUGCUUGUGUUCCGUUCAUCUAUAAGUGAUUAUUGACCAUGUACUAGCAUAGCCUCUUUUUUUUUAAAGAAGUUUUGGUAAUUGGUGAGGCAUCCUUAGCUUCUUCUGCCAUGGCACUACUUCGGCAUAAGCAAUGUUGUUCCUAACCCUAAAUAGUAUUAGCUUGAACAGCAUUAGACUAUUGGUUCACCUCCAUCAACGUAGCUAAGUACAGUAAUCAGAUCGUUCAUACUGUUUGCAGUAUAUAUAAAUAUAUAUAUAUAUAUA